AUGAAUGUUAAAGGGACCAUUCACUCAGACGACGAACUUCAAGCAGAAAACUCGCCUAUCGACACCGACCGGACGCAGAAACAGCGCAAGCACAAACCCGUCCGCAAGCCAGCGACGCACCUUCGGCUGCAAAAUCACGGUCUCCGCACCAUUCCUAGUCUCACAACCUGUACCAAUUUAGUUGUGUUGUAUCUCUACAACAACAGAAUCGACCGUAUCCAAAACUUAGACAGUCUAACCAAGCUGACGCACCUGUACCUCACCCACAACAACAUCAAGUGCCUGGAGAACUUGACCAAGCUGGCAAACCUGCAGAAGCUAUACAUCGGCCAAAACAAGAUCUCCGUGCUGGAGGGUCUUGAAGGGCUACACCGCCUGCGCGAGCUGCACAUGGAGGGGCAGCGUCUGCCCGCCGGUGACUCACUCUCCUUCGACCCGCGCUCCAUCCAGGCUGUGCGUGGCAGCCUGAGCCUCCUCAACAUCCACGGCAACCGCGUGACGAGUCUGCAGCCGCUGGCGCCGCUCUCCUACCUGACCGAGCUCAUCUGCACCAAGAACCAGCUAUCGAGCCUGGCCAGCGCGCAGGAGACGCUGGCCGAGCUGCCGUCCCUGACGAGGCUCGAUGUGAAGGCUAACCCGCUGUGCCAGCUGCAGCGGUACCGCGACGCCCUGGUGGAGAGCGCGCCGUUUCUGCGCCGGCUCGACGAGCUCGACGUGACUCCCGCCUUCCGACAGUUCGUCUCGGGGCGCGUGCAGGCGGUGGCGCGCCGGCUCAGCCUGGCGGAGCAGGCGCCACCGUCACACUCCGCCUCGGGCGACGCCCUGCUGCGUCCGGGCGGGGGACUCGGUCUGCCGCGCGCGGCGCUUAGCCAGGGCAGCCUGCUGCCGGCUCGCCGGCUCGCCCGUGCGCAGCGCACCUCCAGCACACACCUGCGCGUCGGCAACAUGCUGACCUUGACCCCGCAGCAGCGGGCGCUCGUGCGCGCCGCGGGCCCUGGCCCGUGGCAGCCUGACGUGCAGGCCGAGCCGUCCAGCGGCGACUUUCAGCAAAUGACGUGGUCCGGGGGCCGGGAGACGCUGCCGAGGAGUCCUGCCAAGGCGCCCUCUGUUCUCUGCGACCGCUAG